CAGCGAUUUAAUACCCAGACAUCGUAGAGCUCUCGCCACCAGCAAUCUGUUCUUCCGACCAAAUCUCCGCCUGAUCCGACUUCCCUCACCUUCUUUCAUUCGGAAUAUGUCCUACCUUGCUACCGAGAAGCAAACCGCCUUGAGCGCAGUCACUUUAGCCUCCAAGCUCACCGAAAAAAUCUUCCGCUCCCUCGCUGGCGCCUCCACUGUCUCUAAGGAUGACAAAUCUCCUGUCACCAUUGCUGACUUCGGUGCUCAAGCCCUCGUCAACGCUGUCCUCGCUCGUGACUUCCCCGAGGAUCCAGUUGUAGGUGAAGAGGACUCCGCCGUUCUCCAGGGAAAUACAGAGUUGAAAGCAAAGGUUUGGGACUUGGUCAGGGGUGUUGUGGAGGAGGGAUUGCCCGGGCUCAUCAAGGAUGAGGAGGAGAUGUGUGCGAUGAUCGACCGUGGAUCAUAUGCUGGGAGUGAUAAGGGACGGAUGUGGGCAUUGGACCCUAUUGAUGGUACGAAGGGAUUCCUGAGAGGAGGACAAUACGCAGUCUGCCUUGCCCUCAUCAAAGACGGCGAAGUCGAGCUUGGCGUAAUCGGAUGCCCCAACCUCCCCGUCGACAAAACCGCCGGAAUCGAAGCUGAGGGUGUCGAGCGCGGAAUCAUCACGCACGCAAUCAAGGGCCAAGGGUCAUUUCAACGCUCCCUUCACUCAGACUCGGGAGACGCCCAGGUGACUAUGCGCACGAUCUCCUCCACCGCCGAAGCCACGUUCUGCGAAUCCGUUGAAUCCGGACACUCUGCCCACACAACCCAACACUCCAUUGCGACUGCACUCGGCAUAACCGCCCCCUCUGUGCGCAUGGACUCCCAAUCCAAAUACGCCUCCAUCGCGCGUGGCUCGGGUGACAUCUACCUCCGUCUCCCUGUCUCCGCAACAUACGAGGAGAAGAUCUGGGAUCAUGCGAGUGGUGUCGUUAUUGUCGAGGAGGCAGGUGGGAAGGUUACAGAUAUGUUUGGAAAGAGGUUAGACUUUGGCAUGGGGAGGACGUUGAGGGCGAAUAAGGGUGUUAUUGCUGCGCCGGUUGGAGUGCAUGGACGGGUUAUGGAGGUUGUUAGGGGGGUUAUGGGGGAUAAUAUUGUUGCUAAGUAGAUGUGUACGAUACUGUGAUUGCCAGCCCAGCAUAGCGCUAUAGAAGCUGAACAAUCACCUUCCGGUCCAACGAACGAGUGAUAUCCACCAGCAUCGCG